CAGCCGCGACCAGCGAAUUGAGGAAACCUAUUAUUUAUUUUGCAAUUUUUAAACGUUUACAAUGUCUCCAACGAACGAACCCGUGAAAAAGCCGAACCCUAAAAUUAAAGAUUACCACGAGGGGAUCCCUUACCACCUUGUACCUAAAGGUAGUAAGGCAGGAUGCUACCAAUUACACACGCCUUACGAUUGUCGUCUAAAAUUCCCAUUGACGAAAAAACUUAUACAUAAAUGCGAGCGUCCAGCAGUCGAAGUAGCACGUAUUCAACAGCACGGCUUAGGUUUGAGGAACCUCGUAAUACCUAGAAAAGGGCCUAACUACUAUCCGGCUGUGAUGCACAAGUCGGAAUAUGAAAGACUUAAGAUGCAGGCUAAGAUAGUAACCCAAGAGGAAAUAUUGGCAGGAAUGCACGCACAGGAAGCAGCUAUUCAGAAAGCAGCAAAAGAAUCAGAAGCUCGCAAGCAAUUGCUGAAAGAAAAGCUGAAACAGCAGCCUGGGGCUGAAGCAGCUUCUGGAACUGCAGAUCCCGAGCUGGAGGGCCCUGACCAAGCUGGUCAUACCAUUACCAGAGCUGAGAUGCUUAAAGCUGAUCAGAUGGUUGGUCCACGUCUCUGCAACGCUAUUAUCCUGGCUUCAAAGUGUCAUGCUAUCCGAGAUGCGCAGAUCAACGAGAAGCAACUCAUCAAGAAAGAAUUAGAUGAGGAAGAAAAAAGACUGGACGCAAUAAUGGAAGAGAAUCGGCAAUCAGCUGUAAAACGAGCCGAGACUGAAGAAGAGAGACGCCACCAGUUGCGGUUAGAGAACCUCGCCGCCUUGAAGGAGCAAAUUUUUGCACAUGAAACUGCUAAAAUAAUGGAAGCCGAACGCAUAGAAGAAGAAAGCAUUCGGGUGAAUCAGGGUAACAUCGCGAUGCAGAUAGAUGAAGCUAUGAAGCUUAAAGAAAAGCAUGCGCGACAGGCGAAACUUAAAGAAAUGCUUGAUCAAGGAAACGCCGAACUCAUGUAUUUCAAACAACUGCAACAAGAAGAAGAACGCAUUAUGAACUUGCGCAUAGACAACUUUAUAAAGGCCAAAUAUGAGCGCGACAUGAAGAAUUUGGCAGAGGCCAUGUCCGUCAAGGCUGCUAAGCAGAAGGGCAUCGAUCAUAUUGCUAAAGCUCAAAAGGCAGAGAAGGAUCUGAAAGAAGAGCUGGAACGUAUUAGAAAUUUGAAGAUCCAGGAGGAUGUGGAGCGCGAAUAUCGGCGCAAGGAGCGUGAUGCAGCGAUCAAAAAGAACCGAGACUUGAAGGAUUUACAUAAGGCCAGAGUUGCGCAGAUCAACGAUAUACACAGAAUGAUAGCCAGAGAGAUCGCCAAAGAUGAGCAGAUGUUCAAUAACGCGGCUCGCCAGAACGAAGAGUUUUUGCGUAAGGAGAAAGAGUUGGAGAACAAACGCAAAGCGCGUGUAGAGAAACACCGUCAGGAAAUAAUGAAACAGAUCAAUGACAAAGAAAGAACCAGGCAGGAGAUCAGAGACAGAGUUCACAACGAAGGCGUCGCAAUUAGAAUGGAACAGGAGCAGUCCGACAAGUAUGAGGAGAAGAUUAUUAAAGCCAAGGUGGCAACAAUGAGGCAACAGAAAAUACCGGAGAAGUAUGUUAAGGAAGUUGAACAAACACUCCACAAGCACGGAUACAAGUGAUUUGUGCAACAAAUUAAAAGUAAAUUGUGUAGAAAUAGUUUAUAGUUUUUU